CUCUAGCUCCUCUCAGCUGAGUAACCCAAAGACAGACUUAUACAAGCACCACAUAGGUUUAACAUCACCAGAGAGAGCACAGAAUCACCAAGGGACAGAUUUUCAAGCACCAUCAAGAAAGGAGAUCUUGCAAACUCAGUCAAUGAGUCCUAGAAUGAAUGGAAAACUUCACGUUUGAAGAUGAGACUUGGAUUAAGUGGAUUAAAUUGAUCUGCAUAACGGGCACUCUCAUCUGACACGCUCUCAUUGACGUGAACAUCCAGGAGAGGAGCAUUUCCAAAGCUUUUCCUUUUUUAACCCUACAUAUAUUUUUAAGUGAUUUGGAGACUGUAAGUGGCUGAUCAUGGCUGAGGUGAGACUUAUUCACCUGUUGAAGACAACUUGGAUGGUAUUUCUCACGCAAGUUUUGUGUGUGAGGGGCAGUAAGCUAUGGGAAGUGCCCACCGCCCCCCUCGUACCCCAUGCCAACCUCAGCACGAGACUGUUUUGGGAGCCACAGUGCCAGACUCAGCUACGCCAUCUACAGAACGAAGCAAGAAUUACAGCCACCAUACCACCCAAACUGGAGGGCCACUGGGUGUCAAGCAGAUGUGAAGUGCGGCCCGGUCCAGAAUUCCUCACUCGAUCCUACACAUUUUACCAAAGCCCUACGCGUCUCUUCAGGGCUCUCCAGCAUUACUACUCUGACAGCGAGUGCCACAUCCCAACCUACUCUCUUGUGAUCAGGGGUAAACUGCGGCUGCACCAGGCCUCGUGGAUCACCCGUGGAGCCACUGAAGCAGAGCACCACCUCCAUAAAGUAGGAAUGGUCAUUCACAGCCAAAAGGCCAUCCAUCAUCUCUCUACCCGCCUGCCAUUUUCCUGUCUGGGGCUCAAAGCUGGAGGACACCUGGUGCCUCAUCGCUUUUAUGAACUCUUUAAUGCCAAAGCAGAGAAAGACUGCCUGGGCGCUCUUGGGUUCACCAUGAUGGAACUGGAGUUGCUACGGGUGGAAACCCAUCACCAUCCUCACAGCAGGCCGGCUCAGGAGCUGUUCUUAGGGGAUGUACACACAGACUGGGAGGAAAGAGUGCACCAUAGACCGACAGGUUACCAGGAGCCUUUGCAGAAUGCUAUGCACCACAUCCACCCAUGCCCAGUGUGCGCCGUGGUAUACCGAGCCUCAGAACAGCAACCACCCAUCCUUCCUCCAUCCCCUUUCAUCCCCCUGGAUCUAAAUGGAAACUGGGUGAGCCUACGCUGCGAGUCCAGUCCAUCCGUCCUCUUCCUCACCCGCCUUUUUGUUUUCAACGAGGAGCAACGGAUUUGGGAGGGCACCUAUCAACAUUACUCCGACCCAAUGUGCCGCCAACCCAGCUUUACACUAUUUGCAUCAGGUCAUUAUGCUAAAGUGGGACAGUCCGUUAAAGUACGUGGGGCCACCGAGCUCGUCUUCAAGGUGACGCGAGCAAAAGUGAUCGUGUAUGACCAAGCACUGUUGCGGGAAAUGAAUUCGACGCAAAAUGGAAGAUGCGGGCAGGCGGGAAGAUGGGAAACAGGCGUGGAGCAAGACAUAACCUGGACGAAUGGAUGUGAUGCAUUGGGGAUACGGCUUCCGCACAAAGAGUACGAGCUGUUUAAGAUGGGCGUGGAUCAUAAAGGGCGCCCCCUGUUGUUCAAUGGGGAAAGGCCCACGGAUGGAUCCAGCCCGGAUCGACCUGCAAAAAGGCCAACGUCCUUUCAGACACCAAUGCUGCAAUGCAGCACAAGGAUUACGGUGGAGCCACACUACAGUUCCUUCAAAGAUCAUUCAACGGGAGAUAAGAUGAGCUCUGCUAAUGCACUGCACUCUUCGUUGAUUCUGCUGACCCUUUUGAAUGCAUGGUGCUGGAAUAUUUAUCUUAUCUUCUGAAAUAUGGCGUGCCAUUCAUGUUCACUGAUCAAAUUCUGACCCAUUUAUUACGGGGAUUGUACAAUCUGAUAGACUGGAAAAGGAUUGUUCACUUCGGUGCUAUAAUAAAACGCUUGCUGCAGAUGCUCUGAAAUAUGACACUUUUUUUAAUCUAAGAUGCUAAAUUUUACAUAGAAACCUCCUUUUAAUCAUAUAGUAUAUCAACGUUUUUGAUGUCUGUCAUUUGGAGCGUGGUUUCAUAAGAACUCCAGAACAAUGCUAUAUUUGCCAACAUUCCAGCAAGAUCAGUUAAAGGUCAAGAACUUCAAAAUACUUACCAGCGGUGUGAGUUUGGGGCGGGACUAACUGUUUGACCGACCAAUGGGAGACAGGACUAUUUGAGGAACCUGUUUGAAAACAAUCAUUAUGUUUGCAAUUCUUCAGCUUUAAAAUAUAUGGGAGAUACAGAUGGACAUUCAGAUUCUCUUUGGGAAUGAAGAAAGAAGAAUUCCAAAAAAAUGCCUCUUUUUCUGAUCUUGUAUGUCCUGAUUAUUUGAUCUGAAGUGCAUAUAUGGACUACAUUCAACAUAAACUACCCUGUAUUCUUUUAAUAUUAGGCUGUUGUCUUCAAGACGAGACAUAGCCCAUUUUUGCCAUCUAAUGAAUUUUAUGUAGCUUUAAUCUUCUAAUAAUGGUGAGGGUGAACAUAUUUAUUGCUAUCAUUAAAGUAAUUUUGAUAAGAAACUCUUUGGAUUCUCUAUUUGCAUGUCUACAAAAUGUAGACAUGUUUGAACGUUCAGUGAGCCUUUGCAAAUGCUUUAACUCACAUCUAAUGUUGAAUACAUGUGCAAGACAUUUAAACGGAGCUGUCAUAUGGCUUCCACAUUAUACUAGCGCUCGCCAAUAUCUGAAGCAUAAGUUCUCAGAACUCUGCAUACAAUUCACUCCCACUGUUUAUUUGGAAGAACAGGAAGUGUUCAACUCAUUCCGUCUUAGUUUAGCAGAGCGU